AUGUUUUGGUUCAGAAAGAAGAAACGGGAUUCAGCCCUUCAGGAUCAAAGAUUGGACAGAGAGAAAGUAGAUACAGAGGCUAAAGAAGAGGUUCCUAGCACGCAGGCUUCUUCAACCCUAUCACUGACUGUGUCACCUGGAAGAAGUGCCUCAAAGCUGAAGUCGUCCCCCUGCAGCUCUAUGAGAAGUGCUUGUUUAGAGACAGGCCGCCCAUGCCUUAGUGGGAGAAUGGACUUUGUUGAAGCUGACUCCAUUGUUUCGCAGAACUUGACCACAGAGCUGGCAACAACAUCAAAGUCCCCCCUGGCAUCCAGAUUGAACGGAGAGAGUCUUGUGCACUCUCACAACAAGCACAGGUGCGAGCAUGUUAAAGACGGAGGAUUAAAUGGAUCCACCCAGGGGGAGGCAAGCGGGCAAACACAAAGCCCAGACUUCCUCAGGAGAAAUAGCAAGAUGAAACGCCUUUGUAACAAAACAAACACUGAGGAGAUCAUAGACAGCGAGCGCCCCGCCAGUACGGAGACUCAGGACGGCUUCCUGGAAGAGAUCACCGCUGUGCCACAUCUGCCACCUGGUCUUCAACCUUACACCACAGCAUGGCAGGCUUUCAAUGAGGCCAGGCCGGGAACUUCUGCACUGCUAAAUAAUCUGCCUGUGGAUGAUAAGAAGCUGCUUACUGAUAUUAAAGAGAACACUUCACACGAAAAACACGUUCAAGAAAGUCCGGCAGCCCAGGAAGGGGCUACAGCUGCCCAAAGCCCCCCGUCUCUAAGAGAUAUCAUCAAAGAGACGGUAUGCAGACUCAACAAAAGAUUAUCAGAUGAGUCAACUGAGGAGGAAGAAGAGGACCAGUGUCGGAUCUGCCACGGUGUCAACACUUCACCAGAAAACCCACUGGUGUCACCGUGCAAGUGUAGAGGAAGCGUGCGCCACCUUCACCUCGAAUGCCUGAAGCAAUGGACCAGGUCAAGAAUCGAGACGGGAACAGGGCCCUAUACAGUCACAACAUGUGAACUCUGUAAGGGUUGGCUGAAAUUGGACCCGAAAUUACUUGACUUUAACAAGUAUUAUGAGGAACAUAAGCCAAAGUUGGACAUUGCUGCCCAGAACACUCCCCAAGAUGAAGCUGAAUCGUCCCCCCUCAGUGCUGUACUAACAGUGAGGAUGACACAGUCCUGCCCCCUCUCCGUGGUAACGGACUAUAGUGAGACCUUGUGAACAUUUAUGAGCUGAUGUUUUACAGCUUUUUGUUCUACAGAGUUUUAAAUAAAUGAGUUUGUG